AUGAGCACAUAUAUCCUCUCUUUGCCUAAUGGCAUCACUCGGUGCGUUACCGUGGAUUACAGCAUGCUUCUGCAGUGUGUUGACAGCGAGGACGAGCUGUUUACGCAUUGGUGUAUGCCAGGAGACCUGUGUCGCAGGAGCAUUCCAUGUCUGUCAGGCACUGUUUGUCACGCAUUGGUUGAAAACGUCUUCGGCGUAGGCCUUGGAACAUGUCGUCUGGAUGUGAGGGGCGGUAACACACUGAGAUACAUAGAACCCGGUGAGGACAUGUUGGAUUCUACUGCCUCAGCUCAUGCAACUCCUACAGACUGCGGCAGUUUUUUUCCUGAAGAUAUAGAUACAUCGUUGUACAGAGCUACAAGGUGUAACGCACUAAAAGAUGGCGUUGCCAUGAAGUUCUCUCUACGGCUUCUUGGUGGCAAAGGUGGUUUCGGUGCUUUGCUAAAAAGGAAGGGCAAUCGCAAAAGGCAGAGCUCCAACAUCGAUUCUUGCCGGACUCUGACAGGUGAACGUAUCCGACAGAGUCGUUUGAAUGAGUUGUCAGAAAGACAGAAUGCCAAUACGGUGGACCCUGCUGCCACCAAAUUGCCGCUGCCAAAAGAGCAGCCGGAGCAGCCCACGUCCACUGCUACACUUGAGCACUUGAAGAAGGUGAAGAAGGAGGCCAAGCGUGUCAAGAACACUGUAGCAAAGGGUUUGCAGAACGCCUUGUCGAGUUCAGGAGACCCAAAGGCUGACGGCGACGAACAACAAAGGCUAGAGAAGGCACUAAACGAGUGUAUGGACAUCUACAGCCUAGUUUAG